CACUUUCCUACUAUCGUAUGUUGGUGAGUUACAAGACAACAGAAAAAAAAAGCAAUUUCAUUGGUUCAUUUUUAUCUAGGGGGGGAGUGUCAAAAGUAAACCUUUGAGGGGUGAGCAUAAGAAUUCCCUUUCUUUUUCUUUGUGACAAUGAUUCUUUCAACACCUAGAUUGAUACCUUUCUUCCGCCCUUUCGUGCACAUUUCAAAAUUCAGUACGACCUCUUCUUUACUUACCUCCACAACUGAAACGACAGCAACGACCAAUACAAUAGUUGAACCAGACGACUUCUUUCACCGGGUAGAUUUACGUGUUGGUAAAAUAAUAGAUGCGGAACAUCACCCUGAAGCCGAUCAUUUAUAUAUAGAAAAAGUGGAUGUUGGAGAAGAACAAGUUCGAACCAUUGUCAGUGGUCUUGCGAAAUAUAUGCCAAAGGAAGAAUUGAAGGAUAAGCAAGUGAUAGUGGUGGCCAAUUUGAAACCAAGUCGUUUUCGAGGAGUAUUAUCUCAAGGCAUGUUAUUAGCAGCAUCAAACAAAUCGAUAGUGGAUUUAUUGACGGUACCUCACAAUAGUUUGAAUGGUGAACGCGUUUUUAUUGAAGGAUCUUCUUCCUCCUCCUCUCCCGACAGUAUCCUGAAACCCAAACAAAAGGUAUUUGAACAGGUUGCUCAACAUUUGAUGACGGAUGAUGAUGGUAUAGCAACCUACAAGAAUUCGGUAUUGAUGACUUCGGCUGGCCCUGUCUUUUCAACCAAGGUGAAACAUGGUCAAAUUUCUUGAUAGUAGCAUAAUGUAGAUGUAAUUUAGGAAAACAUAAAUAGUGUUUUUAUUUUAUUUUUCUCAUUUAUACAUAUAGAUCUCUCUUUCUCUCUCUCUCUUCGUAUUAAGAAUGCUCAAUAAAAAAAAAGAUUUUCAUGUCUCGUUUAUGCUCCA